AUGGGUCAGUGCGCCAGCACGAAGGGGGAGAAGUACCGGCCGCUGGGCGACGUGCUUCGCGCCAAGGUGCUGCCGGUGCACGCAGGUGUCGAAUUGCCAGGCUCUGGCAUCAACCUCGGCCUCUGUGCUUCUGGGGGUGGUGCCCGGGCGAUGUCCUUCACAACAGGCGUGUACCGCGCGCUGAACCAGUUGGAGCUCAUCCCCGAGCUGGACGCCAUAAGUUCCGUGUCGGGUGGGACGUGGUGCUCAUCCAUUUUCAUGUUUGGCAAGGAGUUCAAGGGGGAACCGAUUGAAACUGCGGAGCUGUUGGGAAAAGCGACGGUUCCAUCGGAGCUGACCAUGGAGGCACUCAAGGAAGGCUUGGUGCCCCUUGUCUCAGGCAUGGUGAGUGGCGAUUCCAACGGCAUUCUCAAGUCUUUGCUGGCUGAGCACAAGGGUCGAGAGUACGAGGUGUGGCCCAAGCUGAUGUCGGAGUGGCUCCUGCGGCACUUCGAUGGGCUGGGCAGCCUCGAGGCCUACAUGGCCCAAGAGAAGGACCUGAAGCGCAUCAGGGAGGAUAAUCCUCAGCUGGAGAAGAAGCCCUUCCUCACGCCCCGAGCCGAUCGUCCCAAGACCUUCGUCAUGAACGGCUGCACUUUGUCGCCCCUGAAAUACCAAGCCACCACGGAGAACGUGGUGUCCUUCCAGAUGUGUCCGGACUUCACCGGCAGCCCCUUCUACCCCCGCAAUCGAGAGGUGAAGUACACCAUGGCACCCAUCUUGCCCUGCAAGGACUUCGGCCUCUCCGGUCUCCGGACCCUCACCCGCACCAUGGGCGGAGGCUUCACCGAGACCUUUGCCUUUGGGGGCCCGGCGCCCGCCAACCAGGACGGAGGCGAGAAGUGCCCCUUGAAGGAGCCCUCCAGUCCCUUCGCCCUGCCCUAUGCGGUGGGCAUCAGCAGCUGGGCAGUGGGAGGAGCGUUUAACCAGGUCCGCGCGUUGGGAAACGUGCUGAACAUCCGCAAGGACUACUGGCCCAUCACCUCGGAGUUGCUGCCGAAGCGUCAGGCAGCGAUCGCCUACCAGCUGGGAGACGGGGGGUCCCUGGACAACGCCGGGCUGCUGCCGCUGCUUCAGCGCGGGGCUCGCAAGGUGAUCUGGAUUUCUUCCUCCUGGACGUCCCUGAACCCUGACUACGACUGGGCUGGUGCAACGCAGGAGACCUUCAACCCGCAGGAGGCGGGCGUGGUGGACCAGGUCUUCUGCACUUUCGGCUACGACUCCAGCGCCGUGGGCUUUUUCUACAGCAACAACCAGGUCUUCGAGAGGGACCAGUGCCUGCCACUCUCGCAGGAACUCGUUUCCCUGAAGAGCCAAGGAAAGCCGGUGGUCGUGCGCAAGAAGCUCAAAGUGCUCCCGAACGCCUGGUGGGGCAUCGACGGAGGCUACGACCUGGAGUUUGUGCUCAUCUACUUGGAGCAAUGCAGAGAGUUCGAGGAGAUGUUGCCGGAGGAAACCCGGCAGGAGAUUGCCAGAGGUGCGGAAGGAGCCUUUGCCAAUUAUCCCGUCUACCCAGUGACAGGUCAAAAUGAGGGCGACCUGCUUGGGCUCACAGCUCAGCAGUCGCACCUCCUUGCAGCCCAGGCGGAGUACAGCGUCCGGGCAAACAAAGAGCUCUUUCGGAAGCUGCUUAGCUAG